AGUGGAUGUGAACGCAGCCCGGAAAGAACCAUCUUUGUUUUCUUGUAACGCGGUGGAGCACAUGGUUGUCACUGUACGGUACGGCAUUUAGAAGUAAUUUGAAAAGUUUUACGUGAUCUUCGUAGGAAAAUGCCGAAAUCAAAGAGGGAUAAGAAAAUAUCUCUUACCAAAACCAGUAAAAAGGGUUUGGUGCUGAAACAACAAAUAGUUGAGGAUAUCAGAAAAUGUGUGGAUCAGUAUAGUCGUAUAUUCUUAUUUUCUGUACAAAACAUGCGCAACAACAAAUUAAAAAACUUGAGAGGAGAAUGGAAAGAUAGUAGAUUCUUUUUUGGCAAAAAUAAAGUAAUGGGAUUGGCUUUGGGAAAAUCGCCAGAGGAUGAAGCUGCCGAUGGUUCUCAUGAGCUUUCUAAGGCACUUAGGGGACAGUGCGGACUAUUGUUCACAAACAGACCUAAGAAGAAGGUGCUCAGUUGGAUGGAAGAGUAUGGAGAAGAAGAAUAUGCCCGUUCUGGUUUCAUUACUACAGAAACUGUUGUUCUUCACGAAGGUCCUAUGCCUGAUUUUCCACAUAGUAUAGAACCACAUCUAAGACAGUUAGGAAUGCCAACUGCUUUACAAAAGGGUGUAGUCACAUUAAUUAAAGAUUUUGAAGUGUGCAAAAAGGGUCAGACACUUACUCCGGAACAAGCCAGAAUACUAAAACUUCUUGGCCAGCCUCUAGCUACCUUCAAACUAACACCGUUGGGUGUCUAUUCCAAAAAGCAUGGAUAUAGUGAUCUAGUAUCCAGCGAUAGUACAAAGGAGGAUGCGGAGGACAUGGAAACCCAAGAUACAGAAGAAACAUAACACAAUAUAAUGGUACAUACUACUGGCUCCGAGACGUCAGAUGUUGUCAGUAUAUAAAGGAAUGUCGCAAAGUACCAUUGGAGUCAGAAUCAAAGCGCGGAAGAAGCGCGACUUCCAUAGAUUCCUGGGAUACGUCGGAAAAUGACAACUCAGCAAGAAAGAAAGCUCGUCGCUUGGCCUCCAAAGUAUUUACAACGGAAUUUCACUAAUUCCUUCUUCCACAGUCCAAUCCACUUCACCUGGAAUUUCAAUUAUUUCAGUGCAAAUCCCGCUGGCCAAGCGAGACAUCGUUGCACGAAGAGUCUUAAGGAAUCCAGAAUUCCCACUCCGUCUCAAUUACAAAUAAAAAUGACACUGAUAAAAAAAACCUUCUCCUCGACUAAUCAGCCCAGUAACACUGUACAAUUAAGAAAAAAAAAAAGAAGCACAUUCGUAAAAGCCACAAGAUCAAUAAUUAAUCCUUCGAAUAAAAAAAUGUCACUCACUGCCAAAA